CAUCUCUGAGAAUAAACGUCAAUUUCUCGGAUGAGUGCCUUGUCAUCGCCUUUCAAAACCUCUUAUAUCUCACAAGGAUGCCCCUUCCUUCUCGAGCUUCCCUCUAUCCUUGCAUCGACAGCAUCAUAUUGACAUGGCCUUCCAGGUGCUCGAGCUACUCGUUCUCCUGGUCGUUGCAGCUCAAAGCAUACACGCGAUCACCGUCCCCCAGACAGCUCCUUCCAAUGCAUCGACCGUCGAUCCCUCCUUACUAAGCGUAUCGAUUGAAUUCUUCGCCUUCCCUGGAUAUACCGACCUCUCAGCCACAUCCACCUGUCUCGCCAACAUCGCCUCCCUUCGUGGCGCACACCCUGCGGUUCGCAUUGGCGGUACUACUCAAGACCGAGCGACAUACGACCCCAGCUUGUCCAGAGCAGUAAACUAUAGCGUCGCCUCGCCUGCAGACGCCCCCACCUCUUUAACAUAUGGUCCUUCCUUCUUCGACCUUGCAGCUGACUUAUCCGGAGAUGUCACCAUCGGGUUCAACCGACAAUUGAACGAUAUCAGCAAUGUAGGCGCCGCGGCGGCGGAAGCACAGGACACGAUGUCCAAUUUGUAUGCGAUUGAGUUGGGGAACGAGCCAGAUUUAUAUGGAAGUGGGUCACCUAUCAUACCCUCGUCUGGAGGUUGGACUCCAACCACAGAUGGUCAAUCUCAAAAGGAAUGGGAAACAGGAUUAGCUCCUUCAGUCGGAAACAUCUUCCAAGCCGCAGUAUACAUCUCAUUCCCGACUUGGAGCGCGCAAGGGCUUAUACCGAUCCUAGGCUCAGCUAUCGAUUUUGUCAAGACGUUCUCGAUUCAUUCGUACCCUCAAAGCGCCUGCGGAGGUGCCAGCACAGAUUUGAAUUCGUUGAUGAGUCAUUCAGGGAUCGCGUCGUAUACGAGUCGCUUCAAACCCGACGCGGUAGCUGCCCACGGUCAGGGCAAGCAGUUCUUCCUCGGCGAGACAAACUCUGCUACGUGUGGAGGAGGUGGUAUCAGUCCAACCUUCGGCGCGGGACUUUGGAUCGUCGAUUACGUUCUCCAAGCGGCUCUGAAUGGCGUCGACAGGCUCUACUUCCACCAAGGCACCAUCGGAAACUGUGCAUACUGCUUCUGGAACACGACAGUAAUAAACGCACCCUACUAUGGCGCCUACUUUGUCUCCCAAUUCCUCGGUACUGACGGCGCAUCCAUCUCCGAACUCUCCACCGACUCUAGCGCCGUCGCAGUCUACGCGGUCUACUCCUCCUCCAACACCCUCCUCCGCACACUCAUCUACAACUCGAACUACUUCGACGGGACCGGUACCCGCUCAAACCAGACCGUCCAACUCAGUGGCCUAUCGAGUAGUCUGAGUAAGGCGACGGCGGUGAGGUUGACUGCGAAAGACGCUGGCGUUACUAUUGGACAGGGAGGUGCUGAGGUGGGAGCUGUGACGAUUGGUGGAGGGAUGACGUUUGGAAGUGGGUGUGAGGUUAGCGGAGAGCAGACGGGGGAGAGCGUGGCGGUCAGUGGUGGUGUGGCGAAUGUGGUCGUGCAGGAGUCGGAAGCUGUGAUUGUUGAUUUUACUAGGUGAUGUGACCGAGAGGAAUGUG